UUUGCCUUUCUCUUCCAUUGCUUCGCUCGCUCUUCCGCUAUAAUGACCGGGUCAUUCAUUAAUCACUAACUAUAGUUUUCUAGCCGCUCGGCUCACCGAAGGAUCGAAUUAGGGCACCGCUGACCACGUGCUCCCGGCUAUAUAAUCAACCCCUCCAACCUCAAGCCGAGUACUUGCAUGUAUCUUCUUCCCCCGUCAGACGUCUGACAAACCUCAAUUCCAGCUCAGCCAUCUUCCGAGAUAGCUAUACUUCUCUUUCAAUCAAUUCUCCCUUCUCACCUCUAGCUUCCGAACAGCUUUUCAUCUGGGUACGGCUCAGCAUGGAUAGCGACAUCGUCCUCUCUUGCAAUGGAGUUGCCAUAUGGUCAAGGUAUUGUUGAAAAAACAUGCGUGCACAUGGCAGGUGUUCGACCAGUUCCAUGUUCCACUCAGCGCCCGGUUAUCAUUUAUAUUCUCUUCUCUAAAAGCUUGUGCCCUUGUGGAUAUAAUAUAUGCAUAUCUGGCCACACUUUUUUUUGAAUUGGACUGGGCUUUACACGCUGGUGGGGCAUGGAGCUGGUCGUUCUGAGAUUAUACUGUCUGAACUUGAUCUGGGUAAUUCCAGCGAAAGGACAUGUUACGCUUAAUAUCCAAGGCUCCCUAUUUGUGUUGGUGUUGUUGAUAUGCUGACUCUGGCAGUGACACUCAAUUGUUGAACUUACAUCGUUCCUGUUGCCAUCAUGUCUACCGAUAAGAUUACUUUCUUGACCAAUUGGCAUGCGACGCCGUAUCAUAUCCCCCUUUACCUCGCGCAAUCCAAGGGCUAUUUCAAGGAUGAGGGCAUCAAAGUGGCCCUUCUUGAGCCUAAUGACCCGUCUGACGUGACCGAGAUCAUUGGGAGUGGAAAGGUUGACAUGGGCUUCAAAGCCAUGAUCCAUACCCUCGCUGCGAAAGCUCGCAACUUCCCAGUUGUUUCCGUCGGAUCGCUGCUGGACGAGCCUUUUACCGGUAUUGUCUACUUGAAGGACAGCGGUAUUACCACUGACUUCCGCACCCUCAAAGGGAAGCGGAUUGGAUACGUUGGCGAAUUCGGAAAGAUCCAAAUCGAUGAACUUACCAAAUACUACAACAUGUCCGCAUCUGACUACACCGCCGUCCGCUGCGGCAUGAACAUCAGCAAGGCCAUCAAGCGCGGCGAGAUCGACGCGGGCAUCGGCCUCGAGAAUGUACAAAUGGUCGAGUUGGAGGAAUGGCUGGCUGAGCAGAAUCGCCCCCGUUCCGACGUCCAGAUGCUCCGCAUCGACCAGCUCGCCGAGCUCGGUUGUUGCUGCUUCUGCUCCAUCCUGUACAUCGGCAACGAGACUUUUAUUUCUCAGAACCCGGAGAAAGUCUCCAAGUUCCUCAAGGCCGUCAAAAAGGCCACGGAUUACGUCCUCGCGAACCCGAAGGAGGCCUAUGAAGAGUACGUGGACGUCAAACCCAUCAUGGGCACGCCAGUCAACCGCAAGAUUUUCGAACGCUCCUUCGCCUACUUCAGUAAGGAUUUGAAGAACGUCCAGCGAGACUGGGUCAAAGUGACCAACUACGGCAAACGGCUCGAUAUCCUGGAUGCCAGCUUCGAACCAAACUACACGAAUAAGUUCUUGAGUUGGGAACUUGAGCCUGAGUCUGGCGAUCCGACGGGCGACCAGUGUCGGAUGGCAGACUUGCAGCGUAAGGUUGCUGCUGAGGGUGGGUUCCGACGGCUUGAGGCCGCUGCGGUCAAGGCUUGAAGCUCACUUCAGACCCUCUCGAUCAACAUGGGUUAUUAGGGAUCCCUGUCCGCCGAAUAUGUUUUAUACAAUCCAAUUGUGGUGGCAUCGUUACUUGCGCAGGCGUUGCGUUCCUGCACACAAAAAAUUCCAUUAGGACAAAGUUGAUUGAAUGGCUCCGAAGCAGUUUGUUAAUUUACCACAAGCCAGAAAUGCUCCCCAACUAAAUGACACUCUUUUACACAAGAAAAAGACUUAGUAUGAAAAUCAAAUAUUGUCCGACCUUUCAUUGAGCAACGGUGGUUUCCAUGCAUUACCAAACAUAUCCAUACAUAAUAUCAUACAUCAUACACGCGUCACACAUGAUUCAACAUAUAUCCAAACCGACAACACAACCUGCCCCACCCCCCCUAACCAUAAUAAAUAACCCCACUAAAUACAAAUCAAUCACUCCUCAUAAUCACGGCCAUCCCCCCUCCCCCCGGCUCCUUCACCCUCCCAUGCCAGGCUCGAACUUGCGCACGAAGCCUCUCCGCUGCGGUGCGCAGCCUCGCGUGUCCGCUCACCCCCCUCUAAUUUGCCGCCGGAUUCCUGGCCGCCCAUGGAGGAGAGAUCUCAUGGUGUUCAGUGGAGGAUAGCGUAUUAUAUUAGCCAUUAUUGUAUGAGCAAUCUAAUAUGUGGGUAGGUAUAGUUGGGGGAAAGGGGGGGAAAAAGAAGACGAAACUUGCAUAGCUGGAUCCAUGUUGGCGAAGCCGUUGGCAUGGGUGGACUGGCAGCCCUUUUGGCGACUUCCUCGACCUCCUCCUGGGGACGGUUGGCAAAGUUGCCUGGGUAUGGUUUCGGAGGUCAUUUUUGCUAGGUUUUUCUUUUUGUGAGGUUGUAGACGUAGCGUAGUAGAAGUAUUUAGGUUAUUUUUGUUUGGUUCUGCAGCAGCUACCUAGGAGGACUUUUUUUUGAAUGUUCUGUAUUCUAUAAGGUAGGUUUGGAGUUUACAACUGCUCUCCAAGAAGUAUCCCGUUCAUUAAAGUAAAAUCAGAAAUGGGAAGGCAACAAAAUUGAAUAGGGGGGACCCAGUACGGAGUAGAUGUUGCGAAGUGCUAACAACAAUAACAAUAAUAAGUUCAAACAACGACGACAUUAUUUUUCCAGAACAUAGCUACUUAGAUAGGUAGCUAACAGAACACAUCCACAGCCGACAUUUCUAGUCGUCCUUCUUCAGAUCCUUGCACGUUCC